AUUGGUGCAUUUAAACGCGCUAUAAAAUACCUUUCUUCUUUCUAGUGAUCGGAGCGAGCGAAGGCGAAAAUGGGUAAGCCUCAGAAAUCGAGCGCUGGGGAAGACCUUCACACGGCGGCUCGGUCCGGUGACCUGAAUGCGGUGCAGUCUAUCUUGAGCUCAAACCCUUUGGCCAUCAAUUCUAGAGAUAAGCACUCUAGAACAGCACUACAUUUAGCUGCUUGGUCUGGGCAAGCAGAGGUGGUGAGUUAUCUCUGCAAGAACAAGGCUGAUGUGGGUGCCGCAGCCAUGGAUGACAUGGGUGCAAUUCACUUUGCUGCCCAAAAGGGACAUUUAGAAGUCGUACGGACUCUGGUUUCAUCCGGGGUCUCCAUUAAAGCUUCGAACCGCAAGGGCCUGACUCCGCUGCACUAUGCUGUCCAAGGAUCCCACCUGGAACUAGUUAAGUACUUGGUAAAGAAAGGUGCGAGCCUUAGUGCCAAGACAAAAGCGGGGAAGACUCCCCUUGAUCUUUCUAGCAAUGAAGAAAUUCGCUCCGUUCUGGAGGAAUGCGAAAGGUCGCCGUCUAUGAAAAGAGAUCUGAAUGGUGGAGAGAAGGCUGAAGAAUCUGAUCCAAAGCCGUCUGUUGUGGAGGAAAAAGAAGAAAAUACUGGUGAUGAAGCCUCUUUGGUUGUACCUGAUGGAGCAGAUGGUGAAAGGGUGAAGAGGAAGGGUGAUCAAGAUGAUGAUGAGAAGGAAGCCUCAUCCGAACCAAAAAAGGCUCGAGUUGCACUCGGUCACCUUCUAAAUGCAGAUGACACACAGGAAGAUGAAGAAAACCUUUGAGGACUGUAUAUGGAGCAACUAGUAAGCAACAUCAUGAAUCUCUUUGUGCUUUGUAGUAUGACUUUUGUGCUAUACUAGGAUUACUUCUUGGAUGACAUUCUCAAAUAGUAUUUUCUCUUUAAGUGCAACGUCUUUCUUUUACAUUCA